CCAUUCAUCUCUUCACUUGGGCGUUGGACUCUGCAUCUUAUUAGCAACAAGGGACGUUUCUCCAUUUUGCAAGCUGUCUACAGCGACAAGGCCACCAACCUGGGAUUUUAUUACUUCUAAUCACCUGCCAGCUUUCUCCGCGUCCUCACCGGACUGCCCUGUGCAAUCCCCCCUGUCAACUUUUAUUUCUUUGUGUAGACAAGAGCAGGGCGAUAGCAACGAAAAGCGUUGCGUUUUAACAAAGAGGCUUGUGGGUCUUUGUUCGUUUUUGGGGGAACGCUUGAGUUUCUUUGUUGGAGCAAAAAGCAUGGGAGCGCAAUUGUCCAAGACAACUGGAAAGGCUGAAACCGCGGCCGACAAGCCCGGAGAGGCAGCCGCAUCACCCACCAAGGCCAACGGACAGGAAAAUGGCCACGUUAAAGCAAACGGGGAUGCAUCUCCAGCAGCGGCUGAGAACGGUAAAGAAGAGGUGCAGGCCAAUGGCACUGCCACAGCUGAAGAGAGCCCAAAGGAGGAGGCCGAGAAGGUGGAGGCUGCUCCCACUGAGCAGGUAGCUGCAGAUGGGGAGAAGGUAGAAGCAGCAUCUCCUGCUCCUGCUGAAGGAGAGGCAGCGCAGGCAGAGGAUGGUGCAACACCAUCCACCAGCAACGAGACCCCCAAGAAGAAAAAGAAGAAGUUCUCCUUUAAGAAGUCGUUCAAGCUCAGUGGCUUCUCUUUUAAGAAGACCAAAAAGGAAACGGGAGAUGGAGCAGAAACUGAGGAGGCCGCUGCAGUAGCAGCACCCACAGAGGAAGAGGCCAAGGCAGAAGGCACAGAGAAACCAGCAGCUGCUAGCGAGGAGGCCAAGCCUGCUGCUGAAGGGGAGGCUGCACCUGCUGCAGAGCAGGCCAAGGAGGAGGUCGAAGCCCAGCCAGAGGCUGAAGCAGCAGCAGCAACAGAGGAGAAGCCUACCGAGGAGGUGAAGGAGACCGCACCUGCAGAGGAGCAGCCAGGAGUGGAGGAGGCACCCAAAACAGAAGACGCUGCUCCAACCUCGCAGGAGGCCGAGUCAGCGGAGGCUCCGGCUGCAGAGGCUGCAGAAUAGAAUGACAAAACAAAAUACGGAAAAGAGAUAAUCAAAGAACAUUUCCCUGUUUGUAUGUUGGAGUGAUGCCAGGUCUUGGCGCUAAAGAACUUAUCUACAAGCAGGGAUCUUUUAAAGCUUUUCUUUCUUUUUUAUUUUGGUCUCCAUGCCCCUUUCCCAACCUCACUGUUACACAAAACCCAUCUGAGUCCAUCUUCGGGCGAGAGCGGUGGGUGGCUUCAGAUACAUACAGAAUAAACAAACCCACACUCCGCCGUAUAUUUUUUCAUCAGUAUUAUGCGUUUCCUUUUUGAACUUCUAUACAAAAAUGUAAACUAAAAUGAUAAUGGACAUGCCCAUGGUAUGAAGAAGGUGGGGCCUGAGCUGUAAAUGGGGGGGGGCUGGGAAAUGUGCCACAGACUAUGAAGAAGAGUAGUCAAAAAAACCAACAUUGACACACAAUCCAACACUAAAUCAUUUUUACGAUAAGUCAACAAAAGGAUUCCAGAGUUAGGUUUGUAGGAAUUCAUUUACACUUUACAGUUAGGAGUGUUUCACUUCUUAUUAGCAGUACCAGUGAUUCUGUAGACAGACUUGUAUAGGCUUUUUUGUUUAGUGUUGGUUUUCUGACCUUAAUAAAAAUGUAAGUAUGUAUAGGCGGGGUGUUUUUAACUGUGAUUAUUGUACAAAAUGAAAUCUUGGAUCUCAAGAAGCACAAAGUUUGCAGGUCCUUUUGUCACCCGCUCAUUUUUGUAAGAUAACACACAGAUCCAAUAGUCUGGAAGACCUUCAGCAAUUUAGAACUUAAAGAACAAAGCUGUGAUCUGUAGAAUGGGUAACUGUUUAUAUACUGUGGUAUUUUUUUCCAGCUGCCAAUGCUUUUUCAGUGGUCUUUGACAUAAGGAAUCUAUCAGAUGCAAAUAUUUGUGUAGCAUCUUCUCAUUUCCCUUUUGUAAAUACUGGACAAGCUUUGGCCAAUUUGACUUAGAGAUGGAAUGUAACUUUGCUUACAAACUGCUAUUAAACCCCUGGGCUUAAGGUGUUCUAUUUUUUUGUGAGCACACUAGAAGCAAGAAUAAAUGUGAAUAACAACUGUA